CUCCGCUUGGAUAAAAAGCGAGAAAGGGGUCUCCUUUCUUACAAACCCUAGCUGUCUGUCUCUGUAUCUAGCAAGCAGUGAUGGCUUCCCGCCGGCUGUUGUCGUCGCUGCUCCGGUCGUCGGUCCACCGCUCGCCGGCCAAACCAGCCUUCAGAGCCCCCUCAUAUCGCGCAUCUCCCAAGGGCUUCCUCCUCAACCGCGUUGUUGACUUCGCCACCUCCGCCGCCGCUCCGUCGAAGCCGGCGGCCGUCCCGCCGAAAACAGGAGGCCCCUCUGGAAAGAUCACGGAUGAGUUCACGGGCGCGGGGUCCAUCGGCAAGGUCUGCCAGGUCAUCGGAGCCGUCGUUGACGUCAGGUUCGAUGAUGGCUUGCCGCCGAUUCUGACGGCCCUCGAGGUGCUGGACAACUCGAUCCGGCUGGUCCUGGAGGUGGCUCAACACCUGGGAGAGAGCAUGGUCCGGACCAUUGCUAUGGACGGCACGGAAGGGCUCGUGCGCGGUCAGAGAGUCCUUAACACUGGUUCGCCUAUCACUGUACCUGUUGGUAGGGCCACCCUUGGUCGUAUCAUGAAUGUUAUUGGAGAGCCUAUUGAUGAGAAAGGCGAAAUCAAAACCGACCACUUUUUGCCCAUCCACCGAGAAGCUCCUGCAUUUGUUGAGCAAGCAACUGAGCAACAGAUCCUUGUCACUGGAAUUAAGGUGGUUGAUCUCCUUGCUCCAUACCAAAGAGGUGGAAAGAUUGGAUUGUUUGGUGGUGCUGGUGUAGGGAAAACAGUGCUCAUUAUGGAGCUUAUUAACAAUGUUGCAAAAGCCCAUGGUGGUUUCUCUGUGUUUGCUGGGGUUGGUGAGCGUACUCGUGAGGGUAAUGACUUGUACAGGGAAAUGGUUGAAAGUGGUGUCAUUAAGCUUGAUGAUAAGCAAAGCGAAAGCAAAUGUGCCCUUGUUUAUGGACAAAUGAAUGAGCCUCCUGGUGCCCGUGCUCGUGUUGGGCUUACUGGUUUGACUGUGGCAGAACAUUUUCGAGAUGCUGAAGGGCAGGAUGUGCUGCUCUUUAUUGACAACAUUUUCCGAUUUACCCAGGCUAACUCUGAAGUGUCUGCUUUGCUUGGACGUAUCCCAUCAGCUGUCGGUUACCAACCAACUCUGGCUACAGAUCUUGGAGGCCUUCAAGAGCGUAUCACAACAACUAAGAAAGGUUCCAUCACAUCUGUCCAAGCUAUUUAUGUGCCUGCUGAUGACUUGACGGAUCCUGCACCAGCCACCACUUUUGCUCAUUUGGAUGCCACGACUGUGUUAUCACGACAGAUCUCUGAGCUUGGUAUCUAUCCUGCUGUGGAUCCUCUGGAUUCUACAUCUCGCAUGCUUUCCCCACAUAUCUUGGGAGAAGAACACUACAAUACUGCUCGAGGAGUUCAAAAGGUUCUUCAGAACUACAAGAACCUUCAAGAUAUCAUUGCCAUUUUGGGAAUGGAUGAGCUCAGUGAAGACGACAAGUUGACUGUUGCCCGUGCUCGUAAAAUUCAAAGGUUCUUGAGCCAGCCCUUCCAUGUUGCAGAAGUGUUCACUGGUGCACCUGGCAAGUAUGUGGAGCUGAAGGAGAGCAUUACCAGCUUCCAGGGGGUCUUGGAUGGAAAAUAUGACGAUCUUCCCGAACAGUCGUUUUACAUGGUUGGAGGCAUUGAAGAAGUCAUUGGUAAGGCUGAUAAGAUUUCCAAGGAAUCUGCGGCUUAAAGAGCCAGCCAGCCCCCCCUAGUUGAAGACUUUUCUUAUGUACCCUUCUUGGUAAAUUGCGAAAAUGAAUAAUAAUUCAGAUCCUUAUGCUUGGCGAUGCUGGCAUCGGCAUCGGGAGAUUUUUGUUUUUUGUUUACAAAUCGUGUUUUAUCCAAAUGUGUUUUUUUUCACACAGAAAUGAAGCCUGCCUUGGGCGUGCGGUUCUAUCAUAUACAAUUAUUGUUA